GUUCAACACCUUUGUUUCCAUCCACGACUAGACCACCUAAAUUCUCAAUCAAUUAUCAUGCAGAUCUUUGUUAAGACUCUUACCGGCAAGACCAUCACCCUCGAGGUUGAGUCCUCCGACACCAUCGACAACGUAAAGGCUAAAAUCCAAGACAAGGAAGGUAUCCCUCCCGACCAGCAGCGUCUCAUCUUUGCCGGCAAACAAUUGGAGGAUGGUCGCACCUUGUCGGAUUAUAACAUCCAGAAGGAGUCUACCCUUCAUCUGGUGCUGCGUCUUCGUGGAGGAAUGCAGAUUUUUGUCAAGACUUUGACUGGGAAGACCAUCACCCUUGAAGUGGAAUCAUCUGACACCAUCGAUAACGUGAAGGCAAAGAUUCAGGACAAAGAGGGUAUUCCCCCUGAUCAACAACGACUUAUCUUUGCGGGAAAGCAGCUUGAGGAUGGUCGCACUCUGUCUGAUUAUAACAUUCAGAAGGAGUCCACUCUUCACCUUGUGUUGCGUUUACGUGGUGGAAUGCAAAUCUUCGUGAAGACUUUGACUGGAAAGACAAUCACUCUUGAGGUGGAGUCUUCAGACACCAUCGACAACGUCAAGGCGAAAAUUCAAGACAAGGAGGGAAUUCCUCCCGAUCAACAACGAUUGAUUUUUGCUGGAAAGCAAUUGGAGGAUGGUCGUACAUUGUCAGACUAUAACAUUCAGAAGGAGUCUACCCUUCACUUGGUCUUGCGUCUUCGUGGUGGUAUGCAGAUCUUCGUGAAGACAUUGACAGGGAAGACGAUAACGUUGGAAGUGGAGUCGUCAGACACCAUCGACAAUGUGAAGGCUAAGAUCCAGGAUAAGGAGGGUAUCCCACCUGACCAGCAGCGAUUGAUCUUUGCCGGUAAACAGUUGGAGGACGGUCGGACGCUUUCCGACUACAACAUCCAGAAAGAAAGCACUCUCCACCUUGUUCUUCGUCUGCGUGGUGGUAACUAAGUCUUCAAAUGUCACUGCAUGAGUCCAUACCUUUCCUGUGUUAUCAUUUUACACAUUGUAUUUGUCGUAGCCUGAAAUAACCAUUGUUGUACACC